CUUAAAGUUUCAUUAAGCCCGAACAGUCGGGUCAGAAGAAUCUCGUCGGUCGAUUCCGACCGGACCUGAGUCUCUCUCCUCCGACUUUCCCGUUCAUCGUGCAAUCGUGCAUAUGAAUUCGGUUCCAUCAUUCGCAGCAGGUUAUCAGGGCUUCCAAAGGAAUUUGCGGAUGGUAGCAGAAACUAAAUACUCGGCCUUUCAAAUUGCUAUUCUCGGUGGUCGAUUCCUUAACCUAUAAUGCUACGACUGUCCUUCCCAUCAGCUGCGAAGAACGAGGCUCUGAGUGGCGAGGAGACGCUUUCUAGGGUUUUCCUUUUCUUUAGCGGAUACGUCGCGCAGAUCGCUGAUGAAGGAUUUUCUGCUCUUUUAACCUGAAACGGGUAUGUUAAGGUUUUGCAUCUUAUUGGGUUAAAAUGUCAGAUGUCUGGAAGCUUAUCGAAAAUGUAGGACGAUGGUUAGCUUAAAUGAAGUCGGUAAAUUCUUUCUCACAUUGCUCUAGAAGAAAUUGAAACUGGGGACAAGAAUAAAGAAAAAGAAGUUGCUUCUAAAGGAGUGCAAUUGCUACAUUUUCUGUUGAAGACGUCGUAUGAGAGAUUAACACCUGACAGUUAUUAAAAGUUGUUGAUAAUGUUGGUGAGAAAUAUGAAGGGUGAAUUAAUUGCAUGGAUCAUCGCUGCCUGAGGCCAGUUCUGUUCACAGGUCUUCAAACCUUUUUCUAAUGUAAUGGAGAAGUCUUCUAGUCAUUCAUUACCCAUGCAAACAGAAAUCAUUGACAUUGGUUCUUCAGAUAGUGAUGGUGAUAUUGACUUUGAAUUCGACGGGUCUUCUGAUGUUGCAACUGCUCAGUCCAGAAACCAUCCUGGAAGUUUCGUAGACCAAAAUCAUCAUAUGGGAGUACAACUGCCUCAGCAUCACGGUAAUGGUUCUGCUCCGCAUGCUUCUAUGAGGAGCAGACCUUGGGUAGGCACCUCUGGCGAACUUCCAGGGAGUGCUGUUAGAAAAAAUGGUUCAGCUGAAAACAGUCUUUUAAAGGAUCAAGCAGGGUUGACACACCAAAGUCCAUACAGAAGCAGCUCGAGCAAUGGGAGAUUUGAUGCAAGCCAUGUGUCAAAUGAAGAGGUUAUUCAUGUUCCUCAAAGAGAAAUGCAAAAUCACUUGAAGGCCCCGGCAACCAUCGAGUCUGGUUCAGUCGUUGUUGGUCAGAGCACUGAUGGUAGAGUUUUGCAGACCUCAAAGCGUAUCCUUCCAUCCUCUUUGCAACUACCAACAUCGGGAUUUGUAUCCGAACCAAGCACGGGAUUCCGUGGAAAAGCUUUGUUUACUUCACAGAAAAAUCCUGUGGAAGCUGAAAAGAAUAGGUGGUCUCGAGCAGGUCGAGAUGAUGGUGCUUAUAGAAAUGAUAGACUUGAAACAGCUCAUAUUUCUGGUGAAUCAAAACUGCCUGGUUCCAUAUAUGUGGAAGAUAGCCAUAAAAUGAUAGACAAAAACCAUAUCCAUGAAAGGGAAAGGAGAGCUUUGCCUUCUCAUUGGACUGGUAAAAAUGCUAACAGUAGUCAGAUGAAUGCUUCGAUGCAUAACAAGCGUACUGAUCAACAUCCAAAUUUUAGCACAAGGCCUUCCCAUCCUGUGUUAGCAGGCAAAGUUGAUAAUGCACAUAAAUUCUCAGACCCGUCCAGCAGAAAUGAUAAAUUAAUUACUUCAUCAAAAGGCUUAUAUAAUGGUAGAGACGAUGUGUUUUUACAUGAAAAUGCACCUGCAACUAGGAUUUUGCCUCAAUAUCCUGGAAAAUCCAGUGGUAAUGCCAGAUUGGUUGGUCCAGAUGGUGCAAAUUUUCCAGGCUCUGGUGAGCACCGUCUUGGGCAUGAUGAAACACAAAUAUAUCAAGAGGCUUUGCAGAAUCUUGGUCAGCCAAAACUAGAAGAAGAUCUACCUGAGGGGCUUUUGACUGUUUCUCUUUUAAAGCAUCAGAAAAUAGCCUUGGCUUGGAUGGUUCAGAAGGAAAAGAGCGUGCAUUGUGCUGGUGGAAUACUUGCUGAUGAUCAGGGUCUUGGUAAGACGAUAUCAAUGAUAGCCCUCAUACUAAAGCAGCAGAGUCUCCAGUCCAAAUUCACGGCAGAUUCUUCUCCACCCAUUAUUCUCGAGGCCUUAAAUUUAGACGAUGAUGAUGGUAACAAUGAGGUGGAUGUGAAAGACAUUGGAAAGGAUGAUCUUCGAAGGAAGCAGGUGGCUAGUACUUCCCAGAAUCGCCGACCUGCUGCUGGAACUUUGGUUGUAUGUCCAGCUAGUAUUUUAAGACAAUGGGCUCAUGAGCUAGAGGAAAAGGUCUCAAGCAGUGCGGAGCUCUCUUUUCUAGUUUAUCAUGGAGGAACACGGACUAAAGAUCCUCGAGAAUUGGCAAAAUAUGAUAUUGUUCUUACAACAUAUUCCAUUGUAUCUAAUGAAGUUCCAAGGCUACAUUUGGUUGAUGACGAUGAUGAUGAAAUUGAGCAAAAAAAUAUGGAGAAGUAUGGGAUUUCUUCAGAAUUUGCUUCCAGCAAGAAAAGGAAGCAGACAUCCAAUGCGGGAAGGAAGGGAAAGAAAAAAGGUAAAGGACAUAGAGACUCCCAACUUGAUUGUGGUAGUGGCUCCCUUGCUAGAGUUCGGUGGUUCAGGGUGAUACUGGAUGAAGCUCAAACGAUUAAGAAUCACAGAACUCAAGUAGCUAGAGCUUGUUCUGGACUUCGGGCUAAAAGAAGGUGGUGCUUAUCUGGGACACCAAUGCAGAAUUCAAUUGAUGAUUUAUACAGUUACUUCAGAUUCCUAAAGUAUGAGCCUUAUGCUGUCUAUAGCUCCUUCUGUAACUCAAUAAAAUACCCAAUAUCAAGAAAUGCAAUCCAAGGAUACAAAAAACUUCAGGCCGUUUUGAGAAUUGUUUUGCUUCGACGCACGAAAGAAACCCGAAUUAAUGGGGAGGCGAUUAUUAAGUUACCUCCAAAAUCAAUAUGCUUAAAGGAGGUUGAUUUCUCUACCGAGGAGCGAGCAUUCUACUUGAAGCUGGAAGCGGAUUCACGGCAGCAAUUCAAGGCCUAUGCUGCUGCUGGCACCGUCAAACAAAAUUAUGCAAAUAUUUUGUUGAUGCUUUUGCGACUCCGUCAGGCUUGUGGCCAUCCAAUCCUGGUCAAAGGAUAUUAUUCGGAAGCUAUUUCAAGAGAUUCUAUAUUAAUGGCAAGGCAGCUUCCCAAAGAAAUGUUAUUACAUUUGCUAUAUCAAUUGGAAGCAUCAUUAGCAAUUUGCCCUGUAUGCAGUGACACACCUGAGGAUCCUGUUGUAACAAUGUGCAGUCAUGUUUUCUGCUACCAAUGUGUAUCUGACCGUUUAACCGGCGACGAUAAUUUGUGCCCUGCAGCUGGUUGCAAAGAAACUCUUGGCACCGAUUUAGUUUUCUCUCAAGCUACUUUGAAAACUACUAUUUGUGAUGAGUUUGAUAGUAAUGCUGCCUCAAGUUCCUCAUCACACAGUGAGGAAUCCUCCAUUGUGCAUGGCAGUUAUGUUUCUUCCAAAAUCAAGGCCACCGUCGAUAUCUUGAGUUCCCUUUCUAAUGAAUUCUAUCUUACCCACCAAAAUCAAGAGUGUGAAGAUGAUUGGAACUCUGUUAAACCAGUGAAAGCUAUUGUUUUUUCUCAGUGGACAGGAAUGCUGGAUCUAGUUGAGCUUUCAUUAAAUCAGUCUCUUAUUCAGUACAGAAGGUUAGAUGGAACAAUGUCCCUUAAUGCAAGAGAUAAAGCUGUGAGGGAGUUCAACAACGAUCCAGAGGUGACCGUUAUGCUCAUGUCGCUUAAAGCAGGUAAUCUUGGCUUGAAUAUGGUUGCUGCUUGCCAUGUUAUUCUUCUUGAUCUUUGGUGGAAUCCGACUACCGAAGAUCAAGCCAUUGAUCGAGCACAUAGAAUUGGGCAGACUCGGCCUGUGACUGUUACUCGCUUAACCAUUAAAGAUACAGUUGAGGAUCGCAUUUUAGCUCUUCAGGAGGAAAAGAGAAAGAUGGUUUCCUCUGCAUUUGGAGAGGACAAUGCUGGUAGCCAUGCUGCUCGUCUCACAGUGGAAGAUCUUAAAUAUCUAUUUAUGAUAUAAAUUCGCUUUUGCUGUGGAAGUUAGUGUUUUGGGUUGAGGGCUUAUAUCUAUUUUGGGUUUCUAAGUGCCAUGAGAGAACUGAGAAAGCUUUUUAAUUUGAGCUUGUGAAGCCCUUCUCUUUCAUUGGCGCAGAUUGAUUUGGAUCGUUGGAAAAGAUUUAGCGUCUCUUUUGUUUUUAGGAGAGAUGGGCCAUAUAGGAUUUAACUUUAUUUUGUUCUCUUAGAGAUUUCAUCUCUUUUAGAUCUGUAAUAGAGAAUCUACAGGCAAGGUUAGAUGGAACAGUGCUGUAGAUAUGUAAAUAUUUUUCUCAGUAAUAGUAAGCAUUUGCAGUAAUGAAUUAAAUUUUCUUACACUGUAAUAACUAAUAAGAACAGGGGAUUUUCUUUACUAUCGUA